AGGGACGACAUAUUAUGCAGUGAACGCACUCAUGAGUGACUAACCAUUCGUUCACACGGUUAGCUUUUCACAAGCAUCCGUUUCGCCAAGCUAACGGCUAAUGUUAAGUCAGUCAGGCGCAUGAAAACAAGCAGAGAUACAAUUUGUUUAAAUUUUAAACUGAAUUUUAAAUUAUUUUGUUUAAAUAAUAAUAAUAAUAUAGCCUUUCUCAAGACACUCAAAGGUGGGUGAGCAGGAAGCCCCGGCGUCAACGAGGCUUUCCAACGCGAUGGAAUGCAGUGUCGCCGGCCGGCGGCAGCCAACGUGAAUGUAGAGGAGACGUGGAACGAUAUGUGCGGUAGUUGAGCUCGCCGCACGGAUCUCGACCAAAGCGGAGUGUUCGAGAGCUUGCUGAGAGAAAGAUAGACUUCUUCCUUUUCCCAUAAAUGCAGUAUCAUCUGACAUCAGACAAGAUGAUAUGACAUCUGUCUAAUGUAUCAUGUACACACAAAGUAAACAUCUCGGAUGCCUCAAUACACAGGCCAGCAUGAAGAAACAUGCUUACCAGUGGGUGUGGCCAAGACCACCUUUAACUCUGAGGCUAACCCAGACAGAGAAAACCCCAAUGAGGCUUAUGGAACGCCCAAGUCAGUAAAACGUCCAUUUCUAGUCUGCACACUCCAGGAUGGAGUUCAUACUAACAGCCUCAAGGACAAUGACCAGCUAAAAUACAAACUAUGGGGCAGGCACAGCAAACAGAGAACGCCGAAGAAAUUGAUGUCAAAGCGCUUCAAGAUAUGUAUAAAAAAUUUGUCACGGAGUGCCCGAGUGGACUACUCUUUCUUCAUGAAUUCAAGCGUUUCUUUGGUGUGGACCCAACCGGUGAAGCAUCGGAUUAUGCAGAGAACAUGUUUCGAGCUUUUGACAGUAAUGGGGACAAUACAAUAGAUUUCCUCGAGUUUGUGGCAGCUCUUAACCUUGUUUUUCGAGGAGACAUGGAGCAUAAACUGCGCUGGUCAUUCAAGGUGUAUGACAAAGACAGCAACGGCUAUGUGGACAGGGAUGAACUUCGGUCAAUCAUCAAUGGUCGCGGGCAUGCUGAAGCCUAUCUCAGCUUUCUUCGGGCAAGAGGUGGGGUCCACCCUGAAUUGGCCACCAGCCAAUCGCAGGGCACAUACAAACAAAACAUCCAUUCGCACUCACAUUCACACCUACGGAGCAUCUAUCGUGUAAAAAAAGGCACAAAGACAGACACAAAUGAGCCCGAUUUGACAGUAGACGAUGCUGUGGAACGAAUAAUGCAGGCUGUUGAUAGUGAUGGGGAUGGUUGCAUUAAUAUGGAAGAGUUCAUUAAAGGAGCACAGCAGGAUCCAUGGGUGCUCAAUAUGUUGAAAUUGGACAUAAAUCCUGCGCUAUGGGUUCUUGAGCAGAGGCGAAAGAGUGCAACCUUCUGAAGAUGCCCAAGUACUCUAUGCAUUUUAGGCCUUCACACCAUUGAAAAGACAUUUAAUCAUUGCCAUAAGGGAAAGUGGACCAGUCGUGAAGUUAUUUAAACAAAUCAAGGCUGUAGCCAUGCAGGCAAAAUUUUAACUAAAUUCCAGAGGUACAGUAUAGAAUUACCCCUUGAGGGAUUAUAAUCCAUCCAUCCAUUUUCCAUACCACUUAUUAUCCUCACUAGGGUUGCGGGUGUGCUGGAGCCUAUCCCAGCUAUUUUGGGGCGAGAGGCAGGGUACACCCUGGACUGGUCACCAGCCAAUUGCAGGGCAGAAUUAUCAUGACCAUAAUAAAUCAAAAUUCAUUUAAAUUAUUAUGGUACUAUUACUAUUACUACUAUUACUAUUACUUGAGACUUUCCGCCAUUUACGUUUCUAAUAUGUUGCUUUUUUAUAUUUCAUGUCUUCAAAUGUUUAACCUGCAAACCUCCAAUGUGUCAUAGCAAAAAAAAUGUUAAUUUAAAAAGUAAACACGCUGUAAAACACACACGAACCAGGUGGCAGUUGAUGGGUGCAAUUAAUUUACCUCUACCAUAUGUGUACUACAUUACAUAACCAAUUGCACCUUAUCACUCAAUGCUGGUUCUGCUGACCUCUGACCAAAAUCAGGACCUCAGGACCUUUACAGCUGGCUAGAGCUGUGCAUUUAACAGUUUUAUAUUAAGACGUUAAAAGUGUUGUCAAUAUAAUUUGCAAGCAGUUCUGCGUUCACUGUUCAAUCUGCAAACUUUUAUAAUCUGUAGAGUUAAAAUCUCUGAAUGAAAACAACCAUCGAAUAACUCAACUAACAUUUCUACAUAUUUAAUACACUCGCUCACUCGCUCUCGUACAGUGCAAACACUUUUCUGCUUGCUCUGCUUGCUUCGCCUCUGUUUACGUUUUUCUUGAUGAUAACCUUGUAUUUCUUCUUCAAAAGAAAUUAGAAGUAGAGACUGCUGGAUAUUUUUAAACCUGUGGGACUGUACUUUUUUUCGUAGAUACAGUCAGUUGUAGCCAUAUUCCAAUAUUUUUUGAUACCCCUUACCAUUACAUGAGUGUGGCCUGCUAAUUAGCACAAGCCUGCUAUUAGCAACAAGACCAGCAACAAGAUGCCUCCCUUUUCCACUGAAGACUAUCACAAAUCAAGAGGAGUUUGAGCCUGCGCGCGGGAACUUGCAGCGCUUCUGUCUGGAUGAACUCGAAGUGUCGGUUUCCUCUUCGAAGAGCACAACCCAUCCCCCAGGUGUGAGGGAACCGGCCGGCGCGGCGGACCUUUUGGCGAGGCAGCGAAGUCCACCGGUGUGAAACGCGUCCUCCUCUUUCUACUCGGCUAACCUCGCUAGCCGCCGAGCUAACGUGCCGCCAGCUAGCUGGUCACAACGCGGCGGAGGGAGCUCCUCGUCGGCGGCGCACGAAGGACGAAGUGACUGAAUCUGCCGGCUCCGUCGAAGACUAAGCCCAGCCGCGCACAGAGCACAACCCAUCGCCCAGGUGUGAGGGAACCGGCCGGCGCGGCGGACCUUUUGGCGAGGCAGCGAAGUCCGCCGGUGUGAAACGCGUCCUCCUCUUUCUACUCGGCUAACCUCGCUAGCCGCCGAGCUAACGUGCCGCCAGCUAGCUGGUCACAACGCGGCGGAGGGAGCUCCUCGUCGGCGGUGCACGAAGGACAAAGUGACUGAUUCUGCCGGCUCCGUCGAAGACUAAGCCCAGCCGCGCACAGGCAAGUGUUAUCAUGUGUGCCAAUGGGCCUCCACCUCUGACGGCUGGGCCUACUCCACCACCGACGGCUGGGUCUCCUCCACCACCACUGACGGCUGGGCCUCCACCACCACCAACGACGGCUGGGCCUCCACCACCACCAAAGACGGCUGGGCCUCCACCACCACCAACGACAGCUGGGCCUCCACCACCACCACCGACGGCCGAGCCUCCUCCACCACCACCGACGGCUGGGCCUCCUCCACCACCACCGACGGCUGGGCCUCCACCACCACCACCGACGGCUGGGCCUCCUCCACCACCACCGACGGCUGGGCCUCCACCACCACCGACGGCUGGGCCUCCA